AUGGAUGAACACAUGUACGGUGUAGUUAGAGGGAUCAACGUAUCAAUUGCACGUAUUGUAGCAGCUCCCUGUGUGAAUUAUGUCUGCUUAUUUAUCGUUAUACUCUGUAUGCUCAAUUUUGAAGUAGGGGAUAUUUACAUACACAUGCAUUACAAUGGACAGCUGCUAUGUAUAAUGGGGGUGGUGAUGGCAAUUUAUAACGAGGCAAAUAAAAAGAAGAAAGGCCCCCCAGGUGGAUCACGGUCCAGUAAAUACGUUAAAAAUGAGCAGAAUGUGAAUGAGAAGCUGCCAGACUUGAGGAGGACAGGAGCUGCCAGUGGUCAGGCCGACAUAGUCAAGACACGUCCUGCUCCAAGCCUAAAGGGAGAGAAUAUUGCUGCACUAGCUGCAGAGAGUGUAAGCCUAUCCUUGGCUUCUGAAAAGGACAAGUCAGUUCCAGCUCCACUGCUCAAACCUGUUGCUCCCUAUCUUCCACAGCACUCUGAGUAUAUCAAACCACUGGAUGACACUAAUGUUCUCCAGGAGUAUCCUGAGAAAAUUUCAUUAAGUGUAUCUUCAGCUCCUGAAAAAGAAGAGUCAGUUCCAGCUCUUCUACCUUCUCCUCAUUCUCCACAGCACACGCAACCCCUGAAUGAUGCUGAAGUUCUCCAGAAGCACCUUGAACGGACAUUAAGUAUCUCUGAAAAAGAAGAGUCCGUUCCAUUUCUUAUUCCUGUUGUUCCUCAUCCUCCGCAACAACCUGAGUACACCAAGCCAUUGGAUGAUGCAGAGGCUCUGCAGAAGUGCAUUGAACAGGCUUCAUUAAGCAGUGUUUCCUUUGCUUCUGAAGAGGAAGAAUCAUUUGCAGCAUUUCUACUUGCACCUGUUGCUCUUCAUCCUCCUCAGGACUCUGAGAACACCAGUCCUUUGGUUCUUCCAGAUCACCUUGAGCAGACUCAAAUAAGUGUUUCCCUGACAUCUGAAAAGGAAGAGUCAUUUCCAGCUUUCCUUCUUGCACCUGUUGCUCCCGAUCUUCCACAACUCUUUGAGUACACCGAGGCUUUGGACAAAGCUGAUGUUCUCCAGAAUCAACCUGAACAGCCACCAUUAAGCAUAUCCUUGGCUUUUGAGAAGGAAGAGCCAUUUCCAGCUUUUCUUCUUGCAUCUGUUGAUCCUGAUCCACCACAGGACUCUGAGUACACCGAGCCUUUGGAUGAUGCUGAAAUUCUUCUGGAGAACCUUGAACAGAUUUCAUUAAGUGUACCUUUGACUUCUGAAAAGGAAGAGUCAGUUCCAGUUCUUCCGCCUGUUUCAGCUCCCUUUCCACAACACCCUGAGCACACCAAGCUACUGGAUAAUGCUGAAGUUCUCCAGGCCCACCUUGAAGAGCCUCCAUUAAGAAAAAGAAGAGUCCUUUCAGGCUUUUCUUCUCUCAGCUAUUGCUCCUGAACCUGCACAAGACCCUGAGUACACUAAGCCUUUGGAUGAUGUUGAUGUUCUCCAGAAUAACCUUGAACAGCUUCCAAUAAGUGUAUUUUCAUCUGGUAUACGUGCAUCUGGUGAAGAACAGGAUUCCCCACAUCCUCUGUUUGUAGUUCCUGCUGAAGCUGACGUUGAAGCUGUACAGGAGUCCCAAGAGCAAAUUAUUGACAG